AGCUCUAAUCCAACUAAUACGGGAUGUCUCAUAGCUGAGAGGCAAAUAUGAGUUCAGAAAUAAUAUCCAUACCCUCAGUAACGGACCACAAUGGUGUGGUCUACUACCAGAUAUCCAUUAAACUCCCAUUGCGGUCUAUAAAUGUCAACCAUAGGUACUCGGAAUUCGAAGACUUGGUUGAUAAUCUCAGCAGUAGUCUCGGCAUUAAUGUCAAGGACUUCCCCUAUGAGUUGCCCUCUAAACGGAUUAAUUGGUUUAAAAACAGAACGGAUUCGAUUGUUGAUGAACGAAAGACUCAGUUACAGAAAUUUUUGGAUUCUCUCAUAAGGGAUCCUUCAAUCCAGAACAAUAGACGACUCCAUGAGUUCUUACAAUUACCCGUCAAUUUUAAAUUUAGUAGUAGUCUCUUCAAACAAAGAGUGAGUUCAUCUUUUGAAAGUAAUACUUCCACAAUCGAUGAUACUUCCUUACUUCUGAUCAAUUUCAAAUCCAUCGAUGAGGUUUCAUGGCUAGAAGUUCUUCGAGUAGUUCAUAGUUCUAUCACACAUCUAAUCCAAACAUUACAACAUAGCAGCUCUAUUAGUGACAAGUUACACGCUCGUGAGAAUAUCAAUCGUGUUUAUCAUCCCACAAUUAAGAAUCUAGACUCAUCUCUUCUGAGAUUUGCACCCACAUUAAAGAAUGAUGAAUAUAAGAGACGAAAGACGUUGGUCAAAGAUCUUCAGGAGAAUAUCCAAGUAUUAAACAAAGUAUGUGAACCCAGUCUUCCAAUAACUGCGACGACUCCAAAUACUGCAUUUUCCAGACGUGUCUUUGGUGGGAAUCCCUCUCAGGCUCAAGAAACAAAAGACACAAUGGGAUUAUCCAAUCAGGACUUAAUACAACUGCAGGUUCAGAUCCAUAAACAACAAGAUUUAGAAGUAGAAGAAUUGAGAAAACUAAUUUCCCGUCAACGACAAAUUGCAGAAACGAUAAAUACAGAAGUCGAAGAACAGAAUUAUUUAUUAGAUCAAUUUAACAAUGAAGUCGAAAGUACGAAAGAUAAAUUGAGAAUAGCUAGAAAACAAGCAAAGAAUAUUUUAUAGAGUAAUGUGUAUAUACCCUUAAUAGCUUAAUGAAUUAAUUAUAGUGGUAAUUGACUAUCAG